UGUUAGGAAGGAUCGGAGAUCAGCUGAGCUGCGGCCAAAGGAAGUCGGGGUCGAAGCCGGAGGCGACUGGGCGGGUAGGGAGCACAGAAGAUUCUCACGUUUUGGGUUGACCCAAGUUCUUCCCCGACCCCGUCCAUCACACGUUUUUCCAGAACAUGACGUUCAGCGUCUGGGCUCUGACUCAUGAAAGCUGAUGCCCAGUCAAAUCAUGAGUUGCCACAAGGUUCUGUCGUUUGAAUUGGAGCAGUCUUUAUUUAUUUGAAGAAGAAGAAGAAGAGAUUGGAUUCCCACAACAGACACCCUGUGAGUCUUACUGUCUUCACCAUGAGCCCAAGGAAUGCAGAGGGCUGGACCAGCGCUGUCGCCUCUUUCCGUUUGUGCCCCACAGCCUUCCUCUCUGCCUAUGGGGCCAGCGAUGCCUUUGUAGCUGAACUGUUGCAGGAUCUGCACAAUGAAAGUCUGGGGGAGCAGAUCAAGGUCUCCAUGUUGUCGCUCCUCUUGGAAUAUCCCACGCUGUUGUGCCCAGAUGCCAAGGUUGGGCAAGAAGCCACGGCAUCCUUGCUGUCCCUUUUUGCCCAGCUGGGUUCCUCGCCCAAAGUGCUGUCUCUGCGUUGCCACCUGCUCUUUGCAAUGGGGACUGUGCUGCUGGCCACGGAGGCCUUCAGCGAGGGCUGCCCGACCGCCCACGAGUACCUCUCCCUGCUGUUCCACCUGGCUUCGGACCUCAACGACCGGCAUGGGGGGUCUGCUGAAAGGCCCGUACGGGUGGCCGCUUGUGAGUGCCUGAGAGAGGUGGAGUGUUGCCACCCUGGCUUGCUGUCGCGGCGCUUGGAGACCCUGCGUUCCUUGCAGCAGCAGGAAGCCUCCCUGGCCCAUCAGGGUUACACCUUGCUCUAUAGCUUGGCUCUGCGGAACGCCAUCUUGCUACUUGCACGGGGUGGGCAGGGAACCCUGGGGGAGCUUCUGGCCGGCAGCGAGGGUCUGGUCUGGGGGGCUACGAAGGAGCUGGGUGACCUCUCCUUGGCGACUAUCGACCAGCUGCUCCUGAUGCCCUCCUCCGGGGACCUCAAGGAGCUGAAGUCGGUGGUCUCGGCUCUGUUGGACAGCUCUUAUCUUCUGUCCCCCGCCGCUCAAAGCCACCUCCUGUGGUACUUGGCCCAAGCCGAGUCUCCCGCCAUCUUCAAAGCCCAGCUGGUGCGCCUCUUUGGCACAGCCGACGUGGCGCUGCUGCACGCUAUCCUGCAACUCAAGUCCCUCUUCACGGACAGCCUCUUCACUGCCGAAGAUGAGGCUUUCUUGCUUCGCCGCCUGGUGGGCAUGGCCCAGCACCCGGCCUUGCCCACUCCGGUGAAACUUUUCCAUCUGGAUUGCCUCUUGCAUUUCCCUGAGAACCGGCCGCUGGGCUCGGGCACGGAGGAGGGCCUGCCAGUUUUGCUCACGCCUCACACAAUUUCCGGCCUUUUCCCCGGGCUCUUCCAGGAUCAGGGCACCAUCUUGGCCCGGCUGAACUUGCUGUGCCUGGUGUGCAUGGAGAGUGAGGGGCCUGCUGCCGAACAAGGGGUGGGCUACCUCUUGGAGCACGUGCUUGCUCUUGGGGGACUGGUGGCCGGGAAAGGUGGGCAGGAGGCCUCCCGGCUCUUUUUCCGAGCAGCGUUCCUUUUUUCCCGGUACUUUGGCUCCCGGGCGCAGCCCAUGGCCGAGCUGACCCGCUGCCUCUUGGAUCUCUAUCGUCAGAACUGUGCUCUGGCGCCAAAUGUUAUCAACCUCUUGGAUGAAGCGUGGGCGGUGCCGGAGGAGCCUGGGUGGGCCGGUUCAUUGGCUCACGCCUUGCAAGAGCUGAUUGUGGGGUUACCCUCACAAGAGAAGGAGCUGAGCUGGCAUCUCAAAGUCUUGGCCAGGUUGGCAAAGGAGAAGGACAUCCCCCAGAGGAGCACCAUGCAGUUCCUGAGACGCUUGGUGGCCUUGGACCAGCUAGGCGACUGGCGCUCGGGACAAAUCCUCCUGAGCGUCUGCCGCAAUUUGAUGCAACUCCAGCCGCUGCCUGCUCCGUACCAGCUGGCCGACCUCCUGCAGGCCAUCUCCCUCUGCCACGUGGAUGUCGACGUCCGAGACCGGGCUCGGUUCUACUAUACCCUGCUGGCCAGCCUCUCCGAUGAGAAACUCGGGGCUGUGCUGGCCCCACAGGGCCCCGUCAAGGCCCGGACGCUCUCCUCCUCCUUUGUGGCCGAUAGCGAGAGCUUUGUGGCUUCCCUGACGGUGCACCCGGCUGAGCGAGCCCCCAUGCGGUUGGAGAGGGUAGGGCAUGGCAGUGAAGUGCCUCCGGCCCCCCACUCGGAGGAAGACGUGGACAGCUAUUGCCGGUGGUUGCUGGAGGUGCGGCCCCCCUCGCAGCUGAAUUUGACGUACCGGCUGGUCCACGCGGGUCCCCCCAGCGACCUCCUGCUCUGUGUGGUGCUGCGUUUCGCGUGCUCUGACCGGCAUUAUGAGGCCAUGCCAGAACUGUGUGUGCCCUGCCUCUCGGCAGGCCACCCACCCCAGACUGUGACCCUGACGCUGCAGCCACGUUGUCCCUACCCCACGCGUGUCAACGUCUUUGCUGUGUAUACAACGCAGAAGGGCCUUACCCACUGCGGCCAGCUGGAGCCGUUGGAAGUAGCUUUCCCCGAUCUCUUCUUGCCCCUGACGCUGCCUGCCUGGCCCCCUGAGAAGCGACGCCAACUCUUUGGUGCUCUUUGGCACCAGCUUCACCCGGACAGCAACGGGACUUGUGCUGAAAGCCUCACCUGCUGGCCUGUGGCCCCUCAAUCCCUGGGGCAAUUGGUGCAGGAUCAUUUCGCCAGGUACAUUCUAGCUGAACAGCUGGGCUCGUACGAAAUCGGCAUGGCUCUGCCGCCGCAGUACCACAUCCUGCUGCGAGUGCAGCACGUGAAAGACGCCGCCCGAGUGAGCAUCCGAACGGACAACUGGAAGCUUCUGCCUUCCCUGAACAGCUACUUGCUGGGUCUGGUGGAGGCAGGGGGAGGGGGAGGUGGGGGGCUGUUGGCUGAACUCCGGUUGGGAUGUGGGUCUGUAAAAAAUGGUUCUAACAAAAAAUAA